AUAUACUAAAAUAAAGAAAACAUCACAAAUUUAAUUAAAACACAAAAAUACACUUUAAAAAAUCACUUGAAUAUGAAUAUGAAAAUUUUCUUUUUGUUGAUACUCUUAGCUUAACAAAUCGAUUAAAUUAAAUGCCAUUAUAAGCAUAAAUAAGAAGAUAAAAAAAACAAAAGGUUUAAAUCUUAUGAUGUUAAUAGCAGUCAUUUCAAUUCAACUGAUUAGCAUUAAUAAUAUUUUGAAGACAAUAAGAAUAAAGAUGAUGGUGAACAAAAUUUUACUAUAAUAAAUUAAGAAAACUAUACAAAUAUAACUUAAAAAAAUAAUAUUGAUAAGCUUUUUAAGCGAAAUAAGUUUCUUUUUAAGGGCUAUCAUGCAGAUGAAAAUUUAGAUGAGGAUGAAUUGAAUCAAAAAGAAUGCCAUAAUAGUUGUGAACAAUGUAAUUAAAAAUAAUGCUUAGCUUGCAAAGAUUAAAAUUAAUAAGUUAACUUUUAUAGCAGAGCUUGUUAGUGUAAAGAAGGUUAUUAUAUGAGUUAAUUACACCCAUUAGUAUGCAAACCUAUUACUUAAGAUAAAACUUCUAAUAGAUGCGAUACUGAGAUCCAGCUAACAGCUAAGUAUUUUGAAAUAAAAAUUUUUAGCUAUUUCUAAAAAGAAAAUUAAGUAGAUGUAAAUUAAUAAUAGCAAGAUUUUAUUAUCUAAGAUAUUAUAAUAAAUACAGAACAUAGCUAAUUUAAUUUGAAUAAUUGUAGAGAUAGCUUAUAAUUUUAAUAUCUAGUUAGAAACUCUUCUGCAGAAAAUUAAUUAUUAAUUUAAAAUCAAUAAUAAGAUCUAAAUAACUUGCAAAAUAAUAUUUUAUUAUAAGAUAUACCUGGCUUGGCAUAGGGUAGUACUAGAAUUAAAAUUCCACUUUAAGCUCUUGAGAAUAUAUCUAUUUUUUAGAAAAAAAACGAAGAUUUAACUUAAAGAAACAAAAUUUUAUUUGAAUUGAACAUAAAGAAUAGUAAUAAAAUUGUAAGAACCCAUAGAUGGUUUCUUAAUGUUUAUUUUGAUGGAUAAACUGUAUAAACAUUUACUUAAGAUGUAUAUCAAUAACCAUUUUACCACUGCAAAAGCCUUACAAAAUGUAUUAUACUUUAAGAUUAUGACAUCUAUGGGUUUUAAUACCAAUCAGAUUGGAAAACUUACAGAGAGACUAAUAAUUAUAUUUAGGGUGAAUUUAUAUUCUUAAGAGUUUGGUUUAAAGACUCAACAAAUACUAAGAAACUUUCACUACAAAAAUUAUACUCUAAAACAUAGAAAGGAUAAAUCUUUGACUCUACCGCCUAUGUAGAUCAAAACGAAACAUUUUGGGAUAAAGACGAUAGGUCAUUGCAUAUAAAAUUUUAAAUAGCAUAAUUUUAUUCAAUGUCUAUAAUUUAAAUAAGUAUGCUAAUAUAAGAUAUAAAUUAAAUAAAUGACAAUAAUCAACACUAACAGCAAUAGUAAGAUCAAAAAUAAUUAAAAUACGAUUAGUUGCAACAAAAAGAUAAAGAGGAAGAAGAAUAAUAAGAUACAGAAUAGUAAAUAAAUUAAGGAAAAGACUAACAAUAAUAAACUAAAGAUUAAUAGAAAUAAUAAUAAUAAAUUCUAAAUAAAUAAUAAAAUCUUUAUUCUGAGUCAAUUAUUUUUUAAUUUAAAAUAAAGGUCAAUGAUUGA